UACUGAGAUCCAGCUAGAGAGAUAUCUGGAGAGAGAGAGAGAGAGAUCAGGUAUGGCUUCAAAGCUAGAAAUGGCAGAGAAGAGAGAGAACAGAGCUGAUCCUGAGAAGUUUGUAGCCAUGGAAGGAGAGAAAGAUGGAGGGGAAGAUGAGCCUGUGGUGGAGUACAGAGGAUGGAAGGCUAUGCCUUAUGUCAUAGGAAAUGAGACAUUUGAGAAGCUGGGAACGUUGGGUACAGCUUCAAAUCUGUUAGUAUAUCUGACGACGAUCUUCCACAUGAAGAGUGUAGCAGCUACAGCUCUCCUACAGAUCUUCAAUGGCACAACAAAUCUGGCUCCGAUAUUGGGAGCCUUUCUCUCUGAUACUUAUCUCGGCCGAUACUACACUCUUGCCUUUGCUUCAAUUUCCUCUCUUCUGGGAAUGUUCAUCCUGACACUUACAGCUGCAAUAAAAAAGCUUCACCCAACACCCUGCAACAACAUCAAUGGUGAAGAAUGCCCAGAUGCCUCGCCAAUUCAACUAACUGUUUUAUAUCUUUCAUUCUUAUUUCUGGUGAUCGGCGCCGGCGGAAUUCGUCCCUGUAACCUUGCAUUUGGUGCAGACCAAUUCAAUCCUCAAACAGAUUCAGGAAGAAGAGGAAUCAAUAGCUUCUUCAAUUGGUAUUAUUUCACAUUCACUGUUGCCAUGAUGAUAUCCUGCACUUUCAUCAUCUAUAUUCAGAGCAAUAUAAGCUGGACUCUUGGCUUAGGCAUCCCAGCUGUGCUUAUGUUCUUUUCCUGUGCUUUCUUUUUCCUGGGGACUAAUCUCUAUGUGAGGGUCAAGCCAGAAGGCAGCCCUUUGAGUAAUGUGGCUCGGGUUCUAACGGCAGCUUACAGGAAGCGAAAAUUGAAGCUUUCUGAUCAGAAUCAGUUUCAAUCUCUCUUCAAUCCCCCUACUGUUGAUAGUACAAUCAGAUCCAAGCUUCCACAUACUGAUCAAUUCAGAGUUCAUGUCGAUGACGGUGGAUGA